GGUGCAUUUGCAUCGCCGCGGGCAAACUGGGCGUGCAGCUUCUCACGGAGGAGCGCGCUCUGGAUGCGGAGAGGGCGCGACCACUUUGAAGACUCGUCUCUCCCCCAUCCCGCUCGGACUAAAUAAAUACGGAGGGAUCAGAUGCCAAGAAGCGGCAAUUUGUAUCGUUUAAAAAGAGUGAGAUAACGGGGCAGGGCGAUAAAACAAGAGAUCCAAGGCAGUGCCUUCAAAGAAGAAAAAGAAGUUUGUUCAGUCUGGCCAUAGAAGAUGCUUUAACCCAGCACAUGAUAAUUUUACUAGCUGUACGAUUUUUAAAUGGAUUGAUAUGAUUACAACAGCAUCUAUCCACUGGCAACGAAAAACGGACACCAAGGAUCCAGCAUUAUUACCAAGUCAUCAAACGAUACCUAACAAGCGAAAAUACUCCUGGUAUCUCACCGGGGGUCUUCGGAGAAAGCCUGUGUCAUCGUAGCAUUUUUUCCCCAUUUAAAGACGAACUUGGAUGGUGUGAGAGCCUGUUGCUUUCAGGAAACGUACCUACCUUAUAUAUCAGUUUGGUGCAGGCUGACCGGCUGGAGGACUGUCUCGCUCAUACCCUCUGCCUCUCCCAGCUGCUUGGGGGCUGAGUCCUCCCAGGAGCAUGCCGGUAUCCCAUCAUGCCACUGCCCGCAGACCGGCUGCUGCGCCACUCGGUGGUCACGUGUCUGCUGCUGCACAGCCUGGUGCUCAUGGCCUUCUGCUUCCACCACGCGGCCACCAGCUGCUCCAAGAGGUGCUACUGCUCCGAGAGCGAGACCUGGGGGAAGACGGUGCGUUGCAGCAGCCUGCGCCUCACCGAGGUUCCCCAGGACAUACCUAAUGACACCCGCCGCCUCUACCUGGACUUCAACCUCCUCACCACCAUUCCGACCAACACCUUCCUGGAGCUCCCUUUACUCAGCGAGCUGGAUCUCUCCCAUAACGAGUUGGUCCAGCUGGAGCCCGGGGCCUUCCAAGGCCUCACAGAGUCCCUCCAGGUCCUGGACCUGUCCUCCAAUAAGCUCAUGACGCUGAACCCAGAAGCCUUUGCACACAUCCGGGCCCGCGCCAACCUCACCUACAACCCAUGGCACUGCGACUGCAACCUGCAGAGGGUAAUGCCCCUGCUCGACCUGGAGCCCACCUCUCUAGCCGGCAUCGUGUGCCAGACCUCAGAACCCGAGGACGUGGGGGCCCAGGGGACGCCAUUCCUGCUGGCCAAGGACCUGGACCUCUGCGUGGUGCUGAAGAAGACCACCGACGUGGCCAUGCUAAUCACCAUGUUUGGUUGGUUCACCAUGGUCAUAUCUUACCUGGUUUACUACGUGCGGCACAACCAGGAAGACGCACGGCGCCACCUGGAGUACCUCAAGUCCCUGCCCAGCAAGCAGGGCAGGUCAGAGGAGUCUUCCACCAUCAGCACUGUGGUGUAGAGAAGGGGCUCUCAGCAUGUCUGCCCAGCUGUUGCCCCUUACAAAGUGUCGGGGGGGGGGGGGGGGCCCCUUGGUCAUUUUUGCCGAUCGUGCAAAAGUUGGUAGUAUUUUUUUAUGGCCGGCAAAAUGUAUUCACCAAGCCACAUUUGCCUAAUAUAGAUUUGGGGCCCACUAGAGGCUGCUUGGUGAGACCCUGGUGUAGGGGAACCUGGGGGACUGGGGGGGCAGCCUCUGGACUCUGGGGUCCUGGUGACGCGGCGGGCCGGUUGUGCCGUGGCGGCGGCUAAUCAUGGUUUACCUUUGCACUGGUGUGGAGGGUGUAGUGGCUCCGAGAGUCCAUGUAGGAAGUAGCGGGCUAUCUAAUUCGGAUUAAUAAUUCAUCCCGGAGCAGCCUAUUAAGAUCCCGCAGUAGCUGAGUGGCUCCCCUACUGCAUGCGCUCAGGAAUUGAAGACACAAACCACGAGGGUCUCAUCACUGCACCGUCUCGGAGAGCCGCGCGAGAGGCCAACCGAGAUUCCUGGCAAUUCCAGCAAUACUUCCCCCCUCCCUUAUAUCUCCCAGAGCCCUCCUUCCAACAUCAGAUGUCAUGGUGAACCAAGGUCACACAUGUAUGAACUGGAUGUAUGAUGCCGUGUCCAUAUCUCCAGCCAAUCUGGCUUUUUUUGAUUUUUUUUGUUGCAUUGGAUACAGUGUUUCUAACAAGUUUUAACUUUAAUGUCAGUUAAAAUGUAAAUAAACCAAAUGGAAGCAUCUCCUCGUUCGUCCUGUGAUCAGAUUGUCUAUGCAUUGCUAUAUCGAUGGUGUGCAUUAUUGACAAGUAGGACACGAUCAUACAUUUCAAAUACAUUUCGCCAACUUUUUAUUAAAUGGAUUCGUAAGACCCAUCACAUGAUUGGUUGCCGGUUGCAGUUGCUAAGGAAAUACAGGUCUUGCUGUUGGACAUGGUUCAGAAGUGACAAAUUACAGCACUGAUGUGAGCUGUCUGUCUUCCUGUUGGGCUAAAAUGUGCCUUUUCUUUGGCACGUGACAAAUAGGCUACAUUCAGUUGUUAUGUCUACAGCAUAGAUUUUGUACUGGGUAACAAUUAUGGUAAUUAUAUUAUUUGGUAGUGUUUUUUUUUUAAAAUUCCCUCAGGAAUAUUUUCGGUUGUUUUAUUGGUGUCAAGGACGUUGCCUCAGGCUUUAUUUGGUUCAUGGUACUGAGCAUCAAUUAAUAUUUCAUGCACUAAUCCAUUCCCGAUUCAGAGGCAAGAAUUCCAUUUUAAAUUCCCAUGUGAUCACAAUGCCCAUGUGCUGAGUGACACGAGAGUAAAAGGGCAGAAAUUUCCUGCUGGGUUUCCCUGUUCCGGUCUCUGAAACAUGGGGCUGCCGGGAUCCCUGUGGCAGGCGUAGCUGAGAAAGUCAGACCCUCAAAGUCACGUGUUCAUGACACCCAGACGGCAUCACCACAUCUCGCAGCUGUUCUUCACGUUUUUUCCACCGAUGGUCAUUCAAGCAAGAAAAUCAAUAUCUUAUGUCCUCUUACGGUUGACAGCAGUCACUGCUCAUUCCCAGUACAAGCUGGAACACUUAAGCUCAGAGACAUGUACCCCUUAGUUUUAAUCCAAGUUGUUUGCCUUUCCUGAUCAUAGCAAAGCAGAGGCCAACAAUGAAAUUCUUAUGGUAAAUGGACUGCAUUUAUAUAGCACUUUUCUACUCCUACGAGUACUCAAAGCGCUUUAUAAUACAUGCCUCACAUUUAUCCAUCCACACACUGGUGGCAAAGCCUGCCAUGCAAGGUGCCAACCUGCACAACAGGAGCAAUUUGGGGUUCAGUGUCUUGCUCAAGGACACUUUGAUGGGGUUAGGAGGAAACAGGGCUCGAACCUGCAACCCUCUGGUUGCCAAAUGAUAGCACUACCUCCUCGUCUUCCCCAGAGUAUGUAUUCAGUUCAGUCGCAGGUGAGGAAGCAUCUAGAAGGAGAGCAUGUAGUCCAGCAUUUGUCCCGUGGAAAGGUGCACGUGACCAGCAAAGUUCCCCUUAGGGGACAGGUGUCAGAGGUCAUGUGCACUAACACUGUCACCAAGAAACUGGAAACAUCUUCUGGAAUUACCGGUGAGCAGGUGCUAUGUGUGCAUGUUUCUCCUUUCUCUUUAGAAGGGUCCUCAGCACCAGGAGCAGUAGGGUCGGGCAGAGACUCGGUGGGUCUCGGAGCUACACAGAACACAGAACUUGGACAGCACCCAUAGAAAGCCCGGCACAUCCUCACCCUCCCAGUAUGCAGCUGGGUUCCCCUGAAGCCACGCCAGACCACGGACUAGCCACCUGCACGCACAGGUCUUUCCCUGGGAUGAUGCAUGUAAACAAUAUUGCCUGUGAAAUAUGACUCAUGCAACCUUCCACGCUGUCAAGCUUGUCGAUUGCUGUUCGGUCUCUAUCGAGUAACGGGUAGCGUUACAGCAGUGUCGGUGUGGUGGAGUGAUGCUGUCAGGUCUGCCGGAUGUCUCUGAUCGCCACGUGGGACCGGUGAGGACGUAAAAGGUCACCUCCUCAGGCAAGGAGACACCAGCCUGUAACCUUAAAUUAUGGACACACAAAUGAGAAACUCGAUAACAAAAUAAAUGAACAAAUAAACAGCCGAUUGAAAAGGAAAAACAUUUUUUAGCAUUUUCUUUAUGUCUACUGUAUACCAUAUUUUUACCAUGCAUAUUUCAAUAUGUUGAUUUAAUCCAUUUUUGAUGAGCCAGAAUUCACAAAGCUAGUCAAUAGACCUUUGUCCCAAGAGGCUGUGGUUUAAGUCCAACAAAAGACUAACUGUGGCUUUCAGCUUUUACCUAUUUUUUUAAGAUAUUGACUUUUUUAAGGGCAGUCAAAGUAAAUCUCAAGUUCCAGCUGCCAUGGCAAACAUCUGAUGGUGUCCUCUAAGGACAGAGUGUCGAUAAACAGUCUAUGGGUUCUAAGACUGACAGCUCUUCCCACAGAGACUCUGUUGGAGCUUUUCCACUGCCACCAAGAACCGAGCCGUACCACAAAGAGACGGUUUUGUAAAUUAUGUGAAUCGUACCCACACUGACAUGGGCCUGCUUAUUUGCAAGGCCGAAAGUAUGACCAAAUCGAACUGGUUGUGCCACCACCAUCUGAUUAGUUGAAAUGCAUGGAGAUACUGUUGAUCUGUGUCAAUAUGAAUGGAUUAUAUAAAGGAACAAAGGGCAUAUUCAAUAUAAUAUUCAUUCUUUAUAGUAUCGCACAUCGCACAUGUAUUUAUGCAUUCCCGAUAAUUUGGAACUUGAAAAUUUCCAACCUCCUACUUAAAAAAAUACUAGAGAGCAGCUGAACGGAAUGUAUUUGUGAUGCAAAUUUACACAAGCUAAUGAUAAUUCCGUUAGUGUCACAGAUGUAGAAAUCAGCACGUAGGAACCGUAAGGAAAAGUAGUAAAGAUGCCCCAAUGUUCUUGGUUCAUCAUUUGAAUACAGUGUUAGCAAUUUAUGAUCAUAAGGAGGUCGGGGAGAGAAAUGGGAGUUCCAUUAGGCACCACUAGGGUGCUAAGGAAGUAACUGAAUUUUCAGUGGCCAGAGAAGUGACUGAGUACCAUUUACUCUCACGGGAAAUCUCUGUCCUGUCCUGCCCCAUCGCUGCCUCAGGAUCCUCACACUCCAGGAGGUCACUCUUUAUAUUCAAACUCACAACACUUACACAAAGCACUUUGUUGGGGAGGGUGUUUUGGGGCAUAAAGGGGGGUGAAGAACUGCCCUUAAUUUGUAUUUGAGCUGCCUUUGAUUUUGCCCGGUGUGUGUCUACACUGUAUUACAUUAUAUUAUUUUAACUGUUCAAUAAACCAUCGUUUUGCUGAAA